CACUUGGUGGAAGAAGAUGUCCCGCGCAAGGUGUAGAAAUCCCCCGCAGGUACGGACGGACUAGAAGAGGCUCUGCGCCCUGGAGGAUUCGGGGGACAACUUUUUCAUAGUUAUUGAAGGAUUCUCUAUCUUUUUUGUAAUUUUGGCAAGUUUGCGCACAGAUAGACUACUGGGUUGGGACUACUUUUACGGAGACAUUUUUGUGGAUUUCUUUGGGGGCUGCAGUGGAUUACUCAGCCUUCAACAAGGAAGCGCCUGAUGUUGCUCCCAGUAACCGUGUCCGGUGAUCUAUCGUCACUUUGGGAUUCAAACGGCUCCUUACGGCGGAUCUGUGUGCGUGCGUAAAAGGACGCGUAACGGCGGAACGCACGGACUAUAGGCUUUUUUAACGUGGCUCUAAUUCAAGUGGAAGCAGGUGUACUUCAGGUGUUUUUGAGUCAUCAUGUCUCCGUUGCCUUCGAGGUUUCUCUAUCUGUGUUUACACUUUCUGGUCCUCUACUUCCAGCUACAGGAGUCCCAGCAGAGUUCCACAGAUUUCAGGUUUUACAUCGAGAACCACACCAAGCACCCGGACGAGGUGAGCCGAAAGCAGGUGCGGAUCUACCAGCUCUACAGCAGGACCACGGGGAAGCACGUUCAGAUCCUGGGCAAGAAGAUCAACGCUAACGGAGAUGACGGGAGCAAGCAUGCUCUUCUCGUGGUGGAGACAGAAACUUUCGGAAGUCACAUCCGAAUAAAGGGCAAAGAAAGUGACCAUUACAUAUGUAUGAACGAGAAGGGCAAAAUAGUGGGAAGGCCUGAUGGAAGGAAACAGGAGUGUGUCUUCGUGGAGGAGUUCCUUGAAAACAACUACACUGCUCUAGUGUCGGCCAAGUACAAAGGCUGGUACCUGGGAUUCAACCGAAAAGGACGGCCGAAGAAGGGCUCCAGGACCACGCAGCGACAACAGGAAGUCCACUUCAUGAAACGCCACCCAAAAGGCCGGGUAGACCCUGUGGAGGAGUUUAAAUUCACUACGGUUACUAAAAGGACACGUAGGGCACGCCGGUUAAAAGCCAGGAGGAACUGAUGGGGACAAUGAAUGGACAGCACUCACUUUUCUUGGGAUAAGAAAGUAAACUGUAUCAGAGAAAACGCCAUGCUUCUUGUUGGGAAAGAAUCACUUUAAAGACUCUUGAGACAGGCUUGCAGAACAAAAAAGUCAAAGAUGUUUUAUUUUUGUAUUUCGAGGAUGACUGAAUAUUUCCUAACUCUUGAAUUCCUCUGGGUUGAUGUCAUGUGCUCACGUGUCUGUUAUGUUAUUUAUACUGGAUAAACUAAAGGACCUCUAAGGAAAAAAAAACUGUCGCCAUCGUCCUCGGCUCUAUUUGAACUGCCUUUUUGACAAUGGGGAUUGAAGAGCUGACGCAACGCUAUAAAAAUCAGCCAAGUAGAGAUUCAUUGGAAUACCUGUCGCGUUUUGUUUGUGUUGCCCCUGACAACGCGGAUCCCAUACUUUCCACUGGAAUCAGACACCAUAGAGAUGCAGCAGAGAGGUGGCCAACGCAGGUGUGACACUGCCCUGUGGAGAAACUGGGGAGCUUUGAGUGCAAUAUUUUACAAGUCUCUCUCUAUCUCUUCCUCUUGUUUCCGUACGUCUCUUGGAAAAAACGGAAUGCGCCAACUCUUCUUGAGAUUUUCUUGACGUUUCUAUGCAGCCUGUGAUUCAGCUAAAACAUGACAUGCUUUGACUAGUCAGACAUCAGCCACGGCUUAAGUCCCGUUUAAAUGCUUGAAAAAACAAAAACACCACACUCUGGCUUGUAUGUGAUUCAAUGUUCCACAUGGUCUUCCAAUUUUUUGAAAUAAGGAGAUGGGGAGGUGGUCAGUCCCAUGCAAUGCUAGUUUGGUCAGCCAGCCACUCACAUUUAGUCCCUACUCUAUAGAAUUAGACAUGCUGUUAAAGCUACUAUUUAUAACGAGAUUGGCCGACCUGUUGUAUUUUCACAUAACACCACUAGAUGCUACCUAUGUUGCUAUUGUCUGACAGGCUACCUUUUGCCUGACAGAAGAAGACCAGAGAGCACAGGUGAACAAAGGCCAGGUGAGGGGCAGCUUUCACAUCUGCCAUCUACUGGUGAAAAAAAUCAAAUAAACUUACUGAUGAUUGCGCUACUUGCCGCUGUGUGAAACUUGGUUAUAAUUAUACUUAGGACUUGGUGGUCAGGGAUUUUACAAAUUUAGCACCUUCGUUGUGCAAUUUGUUAGAUAACGAGAAUCAUUUAAAGAAAUUCAAAAUGAUCAGUUGGCUGGCCAGGUUAGGACAAUGUGCUCUUGUUAAAGUUGCCCUGUUACUGUCUUAAUGUGUGAGAUGGAGCUUGUUGGGUUGGGUGAUGAAGACUUCUACCUCUAUGUUCUAUGUGUUGUUGUGUCCACGUUUCCUCUUUAACUGAAUGACAGGUUCAAAUGCUUUUGGAAAAAUCUGUACUCACUAGACAUCCACAGCUCCUUUCUGUGCCUCUCUCACCACUAGUAUAUAUCCACCUGUCUGCUCGCAGGACUUUGUAUGAGUUGCUACUAACAACAUGACACAUGUAUGACUUUUUUAAAACAAAUGUAAACAAAAAUAAUUUUAUGACUAUUAUAAGAUAUUUAUUGCCUCCCUUUGUAAAUAAAAUGUGC